AUGGUAAUGACAGACGGCCGACUUCCUGACCUUAUUUCUUCAAAACCUGCAGACAACAGCACAGAGUGAAGGGGAAGGGCAAAAAGAGGUCAGUAUCUUUGUGAAUGUCGUGCUAGGUUUUUAUCUGGCCCUAGGAGUGGGAAUUUGAGUUUUAAUUCGAGAUAUUCUUUGGAAAGGACAAAAUCAGCAAAAGCCCCAAGUGGAAGAUAA